AUGCUAAGAAAGAGUACUUCAAGAAAAUUAACUGAUCGGAUGUUGAAAAAUCUUGAAUCAUCGAUUGCUCCAAUUAUAGUUAUUUUGAUUCGAGAAUCUCUUUCUUCUGGGAUAUUUCCUUCUUAUUGGAAACGUGGUCUUAUUAAUCCUCUAUUUAAAUCGGGUAAUUUGCUCGAUCCUAGUAACUAUCGUCCUAUUACUUUACUGCCUGCACUAUCUAAAGUAUGUGAAUGUGCGGUUUUUCGACAACUUUAUGAUUAUCUCAUUAAGAAUAAACUUUUAACAACACUUCAAUCCGGUUUUAUUUCCAAAGAUAGUACUACUUCUUUACUUCUUGAUAUUAUUCAAAAAAUAAAUAUUGGUGUUGAAAAUGAUCGCUAUGUACGCGUGAUGCUGUUAGAUUUUCAAAAAGCGUUUGAUAAUGUUAGUCAUAGUAGUCUACUGAUGAAAUUGGAAAAAAAGGAUAUCAGACGUAAAGCUUUAAAAUGGUUUCAAAGCUAUCUUGAAGGAAGGUCUAUUCAAACAGUACUAGAAGGCGUCACAUCGAAUUUACGCGAAAUAUUGAAGGGAAUUCCUCAAGGAUCCGUAUUGGGACCACUUCUUUUUUUAAUAUUUAUCGAUGAUUUACCGAUUGGUAUGGCGUCUUCUAUGAGGUUGUUUGCUGAUGAUGCAUUUCUAUUUUAUCAUCACUCGGAUCCAAUAAUUGCAACAGAUACAAUAAAUAGAGAUCUUGUUCGCGUCCAAAAAUGGGCAGAUACUUGA